AACAGAAGUCAUACAGCGACCCACCCAGCAUUUCCUUUAUAAACCUGUCCUCAAUAACAGUUCAGACAGACUGAAGACCUAACAGAGGACUGUGUACUAGCCAACAACACAUUUGUCUUUUGGUCCCGUAGUGUCUUUUGGUCUGAUCUCCUUCUCUUCUUCAGGUUUUUUGAUCUGAACACUUUGCAAGACAUCAUAAUGUGGGCAGAAGAUGAUUUGGGUCCAAGAAGUGCACCAUGUCUCAGCAGCAUGUCAGAGCCUACAGAUGGGAAGGUGUAUCGAAUGUAUCAUGGUACAUAUCCGGACGCCGCGAGACAAAUCAUGAGAUCUGGAUUUAAACAAUCCUCAAACGGCAUGUUAGGGCCUGGUGUUUACCUCAGUCGAGAUCUUAAAAAGGCCAGCAGAUACCCUCUGGAGCUACCUGAGCAUCAGAGAGUGGUGCUCCGAGUGAAGGUCAAUGUUGGUAGAGUGAAGAAGAUCAAUUACCAAGGUCACCCAAUGCAAAAAACCUGGCAUGAUCAUGGGUAUGACACAGCUUGGUGCCCUCCUGGAUGCGGCAUGGUUCCGAGCGGUCUGGAAGAAGACUGUGUGUGGGAUCCAAAUCGUAUCCAGGUUAUUGAUGCAAUUUGCCCUUCCCUCCAAAAUGUCAUCUGGUCAGAGCCUACAGAUGGGAAGGUGUAUCUAAUGUAUCAUGGUACGUCUCCGGAGGCCGCAGAACAAAUCAUGAGAUAUGGAUUUAAACAAUCCGAAGAUGGCAUGUUAGGGCCUGGUGUUUACCUCAGUCGAGAUCUUAAUAAGGCCAGCAGAUACCCUCUGGAGCUGCCUGAGCAUCAGAGAGUGGUGCUCCGAGUGAGGGUCAAUGUUGGUAAAGUGAUAAAAAUCGAUUACCAAGGUCACCCAAUGCAGAAAACCUGGCAUGAUCAUGGGUAUGACACAGCUUGGUGCCCCCCUAAAUGCGGCAUGGUUCCGAGCGGUCUGGAAGAAGACUGUGUGUGGGAUCCAAAUCGUAUCCAGGUUAUUGACGUAAUUCGUCCAAAAAAAAACACAGGGACCAUUUGA